AACGGAGAGGUGGGUGCUAAUCACGUGAUACAAAAUCCACACAACAACUUAUGAAAACAAUUGCGAUUUUCUAUAUGGAGUAGACUAGUCAAUUAAACAGAAGAAAAAAUAAAAAAGAACAGAAAGGAGCAAAGCUCAACUGAAUCAACAAAUCAAAAUACUAUAUCUAUAACAACCCAUAGGAACUGGAGAGUAAUUUGAAGGAAAUGCUUUAAUUUUGAUGGAGCAGGAGAAGAAGAGAGAAAUGAUGGUGGAAGAUAAAAUCUUAGAAACAAUCAAAGCAUGUGAACAGCGACAAGAAGGUCCUUUAGUAAUGGGGAUGGAAGUAGCAAAAUGCCUAGUCUCUUUAGGAAUAAGCGUACCUAGUCCUGAAUUAGGGCAAGUUCUGGUUUCUUAUCUUUGCUUCCAGAAUAAUCACCCUUCUCUAUGGAAGUUUCUUCAACAAUCUCUUUCUUCUCGUCUCGUUUCUUCUCUGCACGUUCUCUCGCUUCUCUCUUCCAGAGUAAUUCCAAAUCGACGCUCGCAACCGGAGGCUUAUAGACUGUACCUUGAAUUACUUAGUCGAUUCUUGUUUUCAGCUGAUACAAUUGGUGAUGAUGCUCGUAAAGAGAAGAUAAUAAAGUCGGUUGAUGUUGCUCUAAAGCUUUCUCAAACUUAUGGAGUUCAGAUUCUGGAUCUUGGGCAUGUCCUGGUGCUGUUCUUUUUUAGUAUUGUUGUUGGCUUGAUUGACAGCACAUUCAAUGACUGGGGAUUACUACUGAAGUCUCCAAAUGUACAAUGUGGACCAUUUGGAAAUGAUGAUAACCAGGAUAUGGAUGUUGAUGCCAGAGGGAAUUUUAAUAUGGGAAGACAUGAGCAUCGUGAAGUUUUAAGGAAAACUAAUCCUAUCUUUGCAAUAGAGGUUCUGCUAAAAUUAACAGAAAGUAGAAAGGCAAUGGUUCUACUCCGUGUUGUUCACUCAAACAUGCCUGAUAUAUUCAACGGGCUCCUGCAAAGGCUGUUGUUUUGUAAAGCCAAUGAAUUGGCAUCCUCCAAUAUGGAAUCCGCAAACCAGCUUUUGGAAAGAUUAUUCGCCAAUAUUCAGAGGGUUUAUAAUUUUGAAUACCAGUUAAACCAGCAGCAGAUUAUUCAGAUGCUUAUUGAUACCAAACCAUGCAAGCCUAUGGCUUAUUGCAAUUUAGAAUCUGAGAAAUCUGCUUCUUGGGUUUCCUUUGAUAUUUACAUGGAGAAUAUAAUGGACGGGAAGCAACUUCACAUUAGAUCAUCUAUUGCUAUACUUAGAGAAACAAUUAAGACACUCCAAGUGCUUAACCGUGCAAGCUGGCAGGAAACUUUCUUAGCACUCUGGCUUUCAGCUCUUCGGCUUGUGCAACGAGAACGUGACCCUGUGGAAGGUCCUAUUCCACAUCUUGAGUCUCGUCUUUGCAUCCUUUUGACUAUUGUCCCCUUGGCAAUUGCUAAUAUAUUGGAGGAUGAGACCAAAUCUUGUUCCUCUGCGCUUCAGGGAGCUGGAACAUCUGGACACAUGGAGACUAGGUUUCAGUGUCAGGUGGAGGGGAAUGGUCAAAUUUCAAGGAAACAUGGACUUAUUUCAGCUCUUCAGGUCCUUGGAGACUUCUCUGGUCUCUUAUGCCCUCCUGCAUCUGUCGUUGGCGCAGCAAAUGCUGCAGCUAUAAAGGCAGCAAGUUUCAUUUCCAAUUCCAAAAAUGCAAAAAGUGGUUUAGGUGGUGGUAAUCAUAUUGAUGCUUCUGUCAAUGCAGGUGGUAACAUGAGGCACCUCAUAGUAGAAGCCUGCAUUGCAAGAAAUCUAAUUGAUGCAUCAGCAUAUUUUUGGCCUGGCUAUGUACCUGCUGCAGCAAUUUCAAUGUCAGAUUUACCACCGCUUCAAAAAUCUCCUUGGUUAACAUUUAUGGAGGGAUCAGCACUGAAUAAUUCUCUUGUAAAUUCACUUCUCACGACUCCUGCUACCAGUUUAGCAGAGAUAGAGAAGUUAUAUCAUAUUGCAUUAAAUGGGUCAGCAGAGCAGUCAGCAGCUGCAAAAAUUCUAUGCGGUGCAUCGCUAACUCGUGGAUGGAAUAUUCAGGAGCAUGUAGUGCACUAUUUGGUCAAGCUUCUUUCUCCUCCUGUACCUUCUACACACAGCGGACUAAGGAGUCACUUGGUUGACUAUGCUCCUAUGCUCAGUGCCAUUCUUUUUGGAGCUUCAUCAAUUGAUAAUGUCCAUAUACUUUCUUUGCAUGGCGUUAUUCCUGAAUUUGCUGCUUCUUUAAUGCCUAUUUGCGAGACAUUUGGGUCGCUUAUGCCUACGUCAACUAAUGUAUCUAGUACAUGUGAUGAGCCCUCAUUUUACAUGGUUUUUUCUGCUGCUUUUCUCUUUCUUCUUCGUCUAUGGAAAUUCUAUAGACCCUCUGUUGAGCAGUGGUUGACGGGAGGAGGAACCUUGGGAAGUGAGAUUACUUUGGAGUAUCUUUUAAUGUUGCGCAACAGACGCAUUGCCUCAAAAAAUUCUGCUGCUUUGGGUGAAAUCAACAGUGUUAACAGUGAUUCGGUCCAAAUUGAAUCCAUAUCAGAUAAGCCUGUAUAUGUUGACUUUUAUCCUAAAUUACGAGCUUGGUAUUGUCAAAACAAGUCGUGUGUAGCUUCAACACUGUCUGGGCUUUCUACUGGAAAUCCUGUUCAUCAGGUUGCUAACAAAAUCUUAAACAUGAUUUACUCAAAAAUGACUAGAAUCGGAACCUCUCCGGGAAAUUCCUCAACUCUAUCAAGCAACAGCUUAUGCGGGUCCUCCUCAAGUAGUGGUGAAGAUCCUUAUCAGAGACCAAUGCUUCCUGCAUGGGAAGUGUUGGAGGCUGUUCCUUUCGUUCUUGAGGCUAUAUUAACAGCUUGUGCUCAUGGAAGGCUUUCAUCUCGGGACUUGACAACAGGUCUGAGAGACCUCAUUGACUUUCUUCCUGCAUCUCUUGGAGGCAUUAUCAGUUACUUUGCUGCAGAAGUAACUCGGGGCACAUGGAAACCAGUUCCAAUGAAUGGAACAGAUUGGCCUAGUCCCGCAGCUGUCCUAUCAUCUGUCGAAUCUGAAAUGAGAGAAAUUCUUUCUGCUGCAGGAGUUGAUUUUCCGACCUUUUCUUCCAGGCAUUUGCCUGUCAUGCUUCCAUUGCCAAUGGCAGCUCUGGUCAGCUUAACUAUCACUUUCAAACUCAACAAAGGCCUCGACUACCUUCAUGUUGUAGUUGGGCCAGCGUUGGAGAAUUGCGCAUCAGGUUGCCCCUGGCCUAGCGUUCCAAUAAUUGGCUCUCUGUGGGCCCAAAAGGUCCGUCGCUGGCAUGACUACAUAGUUGUAUCAUGUGCUCGCUCUGUUUUCAGGCAAAAUAAAGAAGCCGUCUCUAAGCUUUUAAGAAGUUGCUUCUCCUCAUUCCUCGGAUCAGUUAAUGUUUCAUCGCCUUUGUUGACCAAUCAAUGCAGCAUAGGGGGUCUAUUGGGAAAUACUAUUCCGAGUGCUUGUGGAUCCCUGGCUCCUGGAUUUCUUUACCUUCGCUCUUGUCGGACGAUACAAGAUAUUCAAUAUGUGAAUGGUGUGAUCAUAGGUCUUGUAGGAGAGCAUGCCAGGGAAUCAGCUGCGAGAUGGGCAAACACAAGCUCCUCACGCCUGAAGUCUAGCCAAGCAUCUCUGAACCUAGCAGCUGCAAAGGCAAGGGAAGCAGCCACACUGGGUGCAAGCCUCUUAUGCAUUUCAGGGGGGAUGAAUCUCGUCCAGGAACUCUACCUGGAGACGAUACCCACCUGGUUACUCUCAUCCAAAGCCGUGAAACAUGGUGAGAUGAGUGUUGUAUCUCGGAUUGUGGAAGGAUAUGCAAUGGCUUACAUGUUGGUCCUGUCAGGGUCAUUAGUAUGGGGGGCUGGGAGUAAAUCUCCAUCAUGGGCAUUGUCUAGAAGGGCGCACAUUGUCGGCUCCCACAUGGACUUUUUGGCAGGGGUAUUGGAGGGACACAUAUCGCUUGGCUGUCAUCCAGCCACUUGGAAAGCUUAUUUCUCUUGUUUAGUUCGCUUGCUGGCAAGUUUUGCUCCAGCCUGGAUACAAGAAGUGAGGCUGGAAACUAUGAAGAAGUUGGCCAAUGGAUUGAGAGGAUGGUAUGAAACUGAGUUGGCUAUCUCUCUGCUCGAAAGAGGUGGGGUUGCAGCCAUUGGCCUUGUAGCCGAGCUAGUAAAUGUUUUGGAUUGAGUAAUUCCAAGCUGAGCAUAAAUCACAACUUGGUUUCUGCUCCUCCGCAUGUUGGGAGCAUGUCAACUAUGGUUCCCAUAUUAUGUGUGUGGAGCAUAGACUUGGCUUCUGAGUGGCGAAGGAAUGGGCAGAAGGUUUAUGGUGUAAGCAAUUUGUGAAACUUUGCCGUAUCUGAUUGACACAGAUGAUUCAGAGAAUUAAAAUUUGAACCGAGUACCUGAGGUUGAAGAUAUUGCGAUUUGGCCUUCGAAGAGGCUAUGAUAAGGAGUUGGAGCUAUACAAUAAUGAUAGCUGUUCCCUCUUGGAAGCGAAGUUGGAAGAAGGUACGUAUUUAAUUGUCAACCAUAUGUUGGGGUGCAGAACCAUGUGCUUUGUUUGGCAAAGAACAUACGUCAAAAAUGAAGAGGUGGAAAGGGUUAAUGUUCUGCCCAUGUGCAAGAAAAAUUACAAAAUCGAUUGAGGGAGAGCUGGAAAAAGGAAAAAACAAACAAACAAAAGAAAAAUUCUUAUCCUAAACAAAUUAAUCAUGACUUUCUAACUAAUUUUUAUUGUUUGCCAUUUUGUUUUGUGCUUUCUAAAAUCCAUUCUCGUUUAAGCUGGAAGCAUUACGAAAACGAGAGAACUGCUAGUUUAGAAAAUGAAUCUCCUCACAUAUAGUCGCAGGAUGAUGUUGUUGAAUGGAAUUAUAGAACUGACCCUAAAUGUACUUUGGGUUAUAUAAUUCAAUAGUUUGUAAAAAUAAUUCAGCUCAAUUUUAAGACUUUCUCUUUGAAUGAAUAUUAUAUUUAAUUCUUUCGAUA